AGGCCAUCAGGAAGGUGAUCAAUCUCAAUUCGUUAGCGUUGGCUAUCACCUCAAUAUUACGCGUGGAUAACGAGCCUCUUGAGCCACUGGAUCUGACUGUCUGCGGACCGGCUUUGUGAUCAUUUGGGGAACUUCUUGUGAAGUCUGUGGCCAAUUGUUUUCUUGCAAUUCCAAUCAUCAGCUGGAGGUCAGAGCCACUGCUCUCCUAAAAGAGUUUAUUGGUUUUGUGGAUUUUUAGUUUACGGAUCUCAAAGAAAAAAAAAAAAGAGCACAGAAGACCAAAAAUAAGAGGUGUCUCUCUGGAGCUUAACAAUGAUGUCAUACCUCAAACAGGGCCCUUAUGCCAUGAACGGGCUGGGGCUCAAUGGGGCAACCAUGGACCUCCUCCAUCCCUCUAUGGGAUAUCCGUCACAUCCUCGUAAACAGAGAAGAGAGAGAACAACGUUCACUCGCACUCAGCUGGACAUACUGGAAAAUCUGUUCGCCAAGACACGCUACCCAGACAUUUUCAUGCGUGAGGAGGUUGCUCUGAAAAUCAAUUUACCUGAGUCAAGAGUGCAGGUUUGGUUUAAAAACAGACGGGCAAAGUGUCGUCAGCAGCAGCAGAGCAGCAGCAGUUCCAAGAUCCGUCCGGCGAAGAAGAAAUCCUCUCCCUCCCGCGAGAGUCCGGGGUCAGAGAGCAGCGGCCACUUUACUCCUCCUGCCGUCUCCAGUAACACCUCAUCGUCCUCAUCUUCGUCCUCGGGCUCCAACCACUCUGGUCUUAGCGGAGUGGGCCUGAUAAGCAGCUCUUCCUCAGGAACAACACCUGUCUCGUCCAUCUGGAGUCCCGCUCCGGUCUCGCCACUCCCCGCUCCCUCUUCGCUCCCAGACAUCUCCCCCCCGGCCAGUGCUUCCUGCAUGCAGAGGGCCAUCUCGGGCGGCGGGGGCUCCACAGGAGUGCCGUCGUACCCUAUGCCCUACAACCAGGCUCCCAGCUAUGCCCAGGGCUACCCAACCUCAAAUGGUGCCUCUUAUUUCGGUGGCAUGGACUGCGGAUCCUAUUUGGCCCCGAUGCCUGGCCACGCCCACCAUCACCCUCACACCCAUCACACACAGCUAAGCACCGCCGCGGUGUCAGGACACCACCCUCACCAUAUCGGGCAGAGUGGGGGACACCCGCACCACCCUCACCAGGGGUACAGCAGCGCUGGACUGCCAUUCAGCUCCUCGGACUGUCUGGAUUACAAAGAUUACAAAGAUCAGGCUGCCAUGGCUUCAUCAUGGAAACUGAACUUCAGUUCGGCAGCGGCCGACUGCUUGGACUACAAAGACCAGGCCGCCUGGCGCUUUCAGGUUUUGUAAGGAUUAUUCAUGUUGUUUCCUGAUGUUUACUUGUUUGUUUUACUGUGGAGAAAGUCUUUUCCUCAAUGUUGGACACCACAGGGAAGAAGUUGUGACUUUUGUGCCAACUUUUCCCACUUUUCCGGUGAAGAGCUGUAGGAACAAGGGUUCGUGAACCAAGCUAGACGUGCCCUCGGUGGACAGAUUAUAAAGCGAAGGUCAAAUUUGUCGCACUCCCGACAGGACGCACUGAACAAAUGAGACAUGUGAUGUUUGAAACAAUGAAGGCAAUAAUAAUUUUAUAUUAUUUUCUUUACAGAGGUGAAUGUGACUUAUGCCUUACAGCUUGUGUGAGAUGUUAAAAACUAAUUUGCAUUCAUGUUCAUUUAAUAAAUAUAAGCUUAAAUUUGAGACAAACUGUUUUUCAUUCCCUUUUUGACUUCUGAUGUACCAAACAUUAUGGGCCUUGUA